GCAGCGCAUGUCUGGCCAGCGAGCCAAGCUGGCAAAGCCUAUGCAGGCCUUCCCGGUGGGCUCCAACAGGCUUACUGGUCACUACCCGAUUUAUGUUUUGCAACGACGGGUUGCAGAUAGACUGUCCGAAGUGUCGGUGCAAUCACUGGCCAAUGUGCAAAGACAGCUGAAUGCCAUCAUGAUGCAGGAAGCUGCCGUGGUCUUCCCAGCAGCCCCGCGCCCGGAUCAGCGCCCCAGCGCUGACCCCAGAUUUCGUGCAUCUACCAGCGCUACCUGGAAUCUUUACCGGUUGGCUAAGCGGCCGGCGGUAUGUACUCUCCGCAACAUCUGGGCUAAAUGGCGCUUGUUUUCGCAGUUUGCCAAAGCUUCGGCGCAGCUCAGAGUGCAGAGCAAACGCCUCAAACAGGAAUUCCUGCACGGUCUAAUUGACACAGCUGAGCAAGCGGCCAGCAAGGGCGACCAACGCACACUGCACAACAUUGUCCGUAGGCUGACUCCCCGAAACCAUCAUAAAGCCUCAAGAUUGCAAAGCUCUUCGGGGCAGCUGCUCUCAUCCGCAGAGCAACUUGAGGCCAUCGUGGAAUAUGGCAACGCUACCUUUGCCGCGCAGCCUGACGAGGCCCCGCCACCAGCCCUAUCCGCGGAUUUGCAUGUUCAUGAUUCGGUUGUGAUACGAGAGCUGCUGAGCCUAGGGAUAGGUAAAGCUGUUCCGAAACAUGUUGCACCAGCUGCAUGCUGGAAACUCUGUGCAGGGAGUGUAGGCACGGUUCUAGGGGAGGCCUUCCGAUUGCAUUUCAAACAGGGCAACAAUGGAACCUUACAGGGGGAUUGGAAGGACACCCAUGUAGUCUGGCUUCCCAAGCCGUCCAAGCAACCCACUACGGUGAGCAAUAUGCGGCCCAUUGGCCUGCAAUGCCCUACCAGCAAAAUUUUGGCUGGCGUCCUCAGAGAAUCCUUGCUUGCUGCGCUGCAGCCUGUGCUGCGCUCACUGCCGCAAUUUGCCUUUACCAAGUCCAGAGGCACAGCCGAUGCGUUGGCCAGAGCCCAUGGGCAUUUUUACCAGGUUGCACAGCUCCUUAAACUCAGCACAGUGAACCGAUUCCAGCAGCAAGCGGGGCUCACCCAACCCAAAUGUCAGGGUGGAGUAUGCCUCUCACUUGAUUUAUCAAAAGCUUUCGAUUGUGUCCAGCGCGGACUGAUUUAUCAAUCCUUGAGAAGACACGGAGUUAGCGAGGUUGUGAUUCAGGUGAUACAGCAACUUCACUUUAGGGCCAGGUAUCACUUUGAAGUAAGCGAAAUGUGCGGGCACACCUGCACCACAAAUGGAAUAAAACAGGGAUGCAAAAUCGCCCCUUAUCUUUGGUCAUACUUCACGGUGGCCUUCAUGCUUCUCUUAAGGGAUCAAAGGGAUUUAACCUGGCUUCAAAGGGUAAUGACCCUGUUUGCGGAUGAUUGUUGGGGAGCUUGGGUCAUCAAGAGCCGACAAGACUUCAAACAAGCCAAGCUGGAUCUUGAGCUCAUUCUGGAGACACUUGAGACUCUCAAGAUGACGGUCAAUUACCAAAAGACAGCCAUCCUCCUUCACUUAGUUGGCAAGGAAGCGGCGGGGAUUCGGCGCCAGGCCACCUACCGCAAGGCGGGCACCUUGUACUUGAGAGUUACAGUGCAUGGCAGAGAUUGCGGUAUCCCCAUUAAGGAGGAACACGAGUACCUGGGAUCCAUAGUUUCCUAUCACCGUCGGGUUGAAAAGAAUGUAAUGCAUCGCCUCAAGGCCUGCCAAGCCCGAUACCAGGGACUCCGCAAAACGCUGAAUGGGGUACAUCAUCUGAGCCAGCAGCACAGAAUUCGACUGUGGCAGGCGUGCGUUUGUACCAGUGCUAUGUACUCACUGCCAGUGGUGGGCCUCUCCAAGGGGUCGUUAGGGCGAUUGGUAACAGAGCUCACUCGCCACCUCCGAGCCAUUACCCGACAGCCGGUGCAUCUUACGCACAUACCCACCAUUGCCGUAUGGACCAAAGCCAACUUGGCCAUGCCAGGAUGGACGCUGCAGUGCCUUCUGGACAAGUACCGACUUAGGCUCCGACACACAGCGGAGACAUCGCCUGACGUCACUGUGUCAGCUGUGGCCAUGCAACACUUGGAGGAUGUCUCGACAACCCUGGAGGAUAUUCUCCGCCAGGAGGCCCAGUAUGCCACAAUGCCGCUUGUGCAGCAGGCAAUUCUAUCGGUGGACGCCCGACCUCCUGAGCCUAUUGCAGUGCCGCCGGCAGCACACGACACAGCUUUUGAGGGCGAAAAUGUGGAGCAUCUCCCGCUCAUCAUGAUGUACGAGGAGGAAAUGGACCCGGAGAUCGACGCCAGCAUCUUCGCGCACUGCUACAACAUCGGCCCGCCCCAGCAAGCGAUGACCGCGAUGACCAAUCGGGCUCAGAAGAGGCAGAGGCCGGAGCAUCAGCUUCGGCAGAUGCCCAUGGGCAUGAGGAUGCACCCGCAGCUUCCCCAGGCGGGCAUGGGAAUGGCAACCUACAGUCAGCAGCAGAACGGCGACCCCAUGAGGCUGAUGGGGCGCUUGCUCCUUCAGCAGGAGGAAACGAUUGCGAGACUGCGCAAAGACAAGUGUUUCGUGCUCUUCCUCAAACACGAACAAGAGGGGGUGCUGCGUCCUCUCAUGCAAGUCAGCAAAGAGUGGCAUCUCAAACAAGCAGAAGCCACAACA